AAAGCCCAGACAAAUUCAACAAGGAGGAGAGAAGAAGUGGACGAGCUUCUCUGCUUUUUCUUGGACGGACAGAACUUCCAGGGCGCACGGCUCUUCACGUUCCACUUCGGGAGUCAGCUUAAUAAUUUACCUCCUGCCUCAUGCUUGUCUGUGGAAAAACAACUUUGCUCUUUUAAAAGUUUGACAUACAGGUCUGGAUUUUUCUUUCCAAUCAACAUCUCUGCCCAUCAGGCUCUUUUGGCAGUUCUAGCACCGUUUUAAUACCUGCCUCUAAACUUCACCACAGUGUGUGUGUGUUUGAUCCUUCCAGUGUGUGAGCGUCACUUUCUGACCGAGUGAGUGAAGUGCACCUGAGUGAAUACUGAUUGAAUUAACGACUGCCUGGUAGUAACUGUGUGGAAGGAAUUUUUUUUGUUUUUAGCCACACAACAAACUUAACUUUGCAGGUGAAUUAUUAUUCAUCUCAGUUCUCAAGACUUUAAGAUGUCACAUCACAAAAGCUACUGAGACAGAUUCCUGCUUGCAAUAAGGACCCCACGCUAUAGCAAUAUCUCCUGAGAGGACACUGUGGAGACACCUGCAAGCUCAAACCUUUCGUGGAGAUACAGUGGAGGAAACAGUCUCUCUCUGGUGAAGCCUCGGCCCCCUCGGCCCCUGCCUCUACCUCAGGAUGGCUGGCUGUACCAGCCGCUGCAGGCAGGGGGUGCUCAAAUUAAUCCAGUCCCUGCAGAGAUUGGUGUCAGGAACCCUCACUAAAGAUAAAGCAGAUGAUGAGCUCGAGAUGACGAUGGUGUGUCACAGGCCAGAGGGACUCGAGCAGCUGGAGGCCCAGACUAACUUCACCAAGCAGGAGCUGCAGAUCCUCUAUCGCGGUUUCAAGAAUGAAUGUCCAAGCGGUAUGGUAAAUGAGGAGACGUUUAAACACAUUUACGCACAGUUCUUCCCUCAUGGAGAUGCAAGCAUGUACGCACAUUACCUUUUCAAUGCAUUUGACACGGCAAACAAUGGCUCCAUUAAGUUUAAGGACUUUGUCACGGGUUUGUCUAUCCUGCUGCGAGGAACACUGAGAGAAAAGCUUGAGUGGACCUUUCACCUUUACGACAUUAACAGAGACGGCUACAUAAACAGGGAGGAAAUGACUGAGAUCGUGAGAGCCAUUUAUGACAUGAUGGGCAAGUACACCUACCCCGCGCUAAAGGGGGACGUCCCGCAGCAGCAUGUGGAUGCCUUCUUUCAGAAAAUGGAUAAAAACAAAGAUGGAGUGGUGACUUUAGAGGAGUUUAUCAUAGCCUGCCAGGAGGAUGAAACCAUGAUGAGAUCCAUGCAGCUGUUUGAAAACGUGAUGUAGGACAAGAGGAGAUGAUGGAGACAAAGAAAAUGAAGAGGGCUUGGUGUGAGUGCUUGUGUGUGGAUGCAUAUGUGCAAUAUCCGGUCCCUUCUCCUCUCCCCGUCUCAUCCAGCCGUGAUCUGGAUACAGCCAGUCAAUGUCUUGAAUGAAGGGACUGGACUGGAAUGCUUUUUGCUUUCCUGCAGAGAUUUUUUUCACACAAUACAGAGCGACUGAUGUGACAGACUCGGACAUAACAGACAUCACAGUCUUGGAGAUUGGCCUGUUAAAGAUAGAGAUGCUCCUGCGUUACAUGGCUGCUCCAGACCAGCAAAAAGCUACUGUUCAACCAGCGGAACCGUUGUCUCUUUUUUUUUUCAAAACUAAAUGCAUGCUUUUGCAGAAGUUUUGAGUCAUUGCCAAACAUUUGUUAGAUUUGUUAUGGGAAUUUGGCCAUAAGAACUUCUACUGUAUAUUUAUCUCAUGCAUCUGGUGGUUGACGGAUAUGGCAUAUUUCAAAUGUCAUGUGUUGGUUUCACUGUUGCGCUGACCCCUGUACUUUUGUGUUGACCUGGCUGUUGCUUGCCUGCUGAGUUUGUCUGAUGCUUCCUGUUAAGAGUCUGUCUUCAGCUUCCAGUAGAAAGUCAAACAAUUCGGACAGUACAUUUUGUGGGUCUUAAAUCGUGCGUGUGCCUGUCUUUCUGUCUAUGUUGGGACUUAGCAAAUAGAAACGAAAUCGAUUCAUUCUUUUAUAUUUUCACCUGCUGCUUUGCUUCUUGUGGUCAAAUCAGUGUGUUGUCAAAAAUGUAAAAAACAAUAUUGUGAAAAAUGUUCAUAGAUUUUGGAUUUCAUGAUGAGGUGCCCGCAAAAUGAAUUUGUUGAUAAUUAGUGAGAAAGAGGCUUGUGAUCAUCAAACCAAUAUCUUUAUUUGCACAGGUGACAGGUGAUCAAAGUGUGACUCAUCGGUGAAGACAAUGACAGGAAAAUAUUUGUAUGAUUCAACCUUAUUGAUCUCGCUCAGAGGUGUGUAGUUACAGUCAGAUGGUUGUUGUUGGGCCAUUCUAAUGAAGUCCUGGUUUCAGAUAAUCUUGCAGGGAAAUACCACUGAAUGUCAGCUUUGGAAUGUGAUAUUUUGAUGGGAUGGAGGACAGCUCCGUCUGUACAAGUCAACAUUUGGCACUGCCUCCUCCUGCGUCCGAUCCGGAUCUGUGAUGCCACACUGACGUCCAGGUACAGACAGAAGAGGGUGACUCCUGCAGAUGGUUUUCUGUGAGACAGAGAGUAUCGGAGAGCAUUGCCAUAACAGAAAUCUCACCAGGAUAUAGUAGCUGAAGCACUGAAAUAUUCAUGGCUGUUCUCUUUGCUGUCGGUGGAGCAGCUCUUCGCUGUAUGGUACAGCAGUGUGGCAUCACAGCCUCUGGUCUCUGAUAUCUUGGUUUGGAAAAGAAUCUCACAAACAGAAAAUUUACU